GAAGUUAGGCUUUAGCAAGUCAAACAUCAUGUACAGAACUUCAGCCAUAAGAUUUUAAACCCAUAUAUCUAAAGUUGUCUCGAAAGUGGCUAAAUUUGCAAAUUUUUGUGCACCGUAGAUGUUGGUCAAAAUUGCGUAUAUGUCCACUUCUCAUUUCCCAAUUGCAAAGCGGGAAUUCAACUCAAAAAACUCAGUAUCCACAGAGAUCAACAGUAGCAUCCUCCAACAAUGAGAGGCGCCGGACGACGACGUACGAACUCUGUAGCACCGGAUUGGCGACAUCCACCGCCGACUCCGACCGCCAAGAUGGCAAACGACCCAAGGCAAUUUGUCGCCACCGGCGGCCGUGAUUCCGACGCAAGCUUCGCCAGUAGUCGGCCGUCAUCUGUCGGUGUAAACCCCCGGUCCGCCGCUAUCCCUAUCUCCGACCGCUCCUAUCAACUCAACGCUAUCCGUACGAUCAACGCUUACCUUUCCUCUCACUCUCUCCCUUUUACUCUCAAACCCCCUCUCCCUUCUGCUAAAGAUAUCACCGAAACCCUAAAAUUUAUCCUCUCUCGCUUUGGACUUAACCCGUCAGAAUCACAAAAACUCGACGAUGAUCUCCAAACCCUACUGAAAAGCCUAAACUGCCCCGUAAAAGUGAACAAAUCUGCAUUACGUGCCCCUGGGACGCCUCAUUCUUGGCCUAGUCUACUUGCAGCGAUUCACUGGCUUGUUCAGCUCGGUAAAUUUGAUGAUCACCGGUUGAGUACCCGAGCUCAACAGCUUGCUUCGGAGAAUAAGGUGUUUAGGUAUACUGUUGAGAAUUAUUCUCAUUACAUUAGGGGAGAAGAUAAAGAAGCAGAUGACUUGGAUAGUCAAUUUAUGCUGGAGUUGGAACAAGAAAAGGCCCGAUUGGUUGCGGAUGUGAAUGCAUCAGAGGAGAAUUUGAAGGCACAAGAGGCAAAGUUGGAGGCGUUGAAGAAUGGGCCGUCGGAGAGAGAGUUGUUGGAGAAUGAAAAGAGUGCGUUGGAGGAAGAUGUCAAGAAGUUUCAUUCUAUCAUUGAACAGUUACAAGGGCGUAUAACUACGGUGGAGAGGUCGUUGGAGGAGCAAGUGAAAGGGUUGGAGACUAAGGUUGCUGAGAAGGAGAGCAUUUAUGCGGAGAACGAGGAGUUGAAGAAGAAGGUGGAGGAGCAAGGGAUUAAUCCCAGGGAUGCAGAUAGGAUGAAGAGGGAGUUGCAUGCUUUGGAAAGGGAUGUUGCAGAUAUUGAGAACCAGAGGAUAGAAUGGGAGGAGAAGGGUUGGGACCUCGACUCUGCCAUUGGGAACAUGUACAAGAAGCUUGAGGAGCUAAUGAUUGAGUGCAACCAAUCUAUCAGGAGGUUAAAGCUAGGAAAUGAAUUUCAGUAUAAAUUGAAUGCCCAAGGAUCCUCACAAGCAGAGGUCUUAGGUAUAGACUACAAAACAACAUUAAAACCCAUGCUCACAUCAUUUCAAGAUGAGAUGAAGAAUAGUUCCAUGAUGAAAAUGGAAGAGUUGAUAACUCUCCAGCAACAAUCAGUUGAGAAGGCUUCCAAAAUAGAGUCGAAGAGGAAUCGUCUAACUACUCUUCAGGGUCACAUUGACAAUCUGGAAGCGCAGUUGGACUUAUUAAAGAAGGAAAAACAGGACUUCAUAUCUAGAUGUGCAGCAGAAGCCAGAAGGAUGGCUGAGGAAGUUGAAACAGAGACUCGAAAGUCAGAUCUGGUUGAAAGAGAGGCAGCGGAUUUUCUGAAAGCAUCAAAUGCCAAAUUGCAGGAAAUAAUUGCACAAACUGAGGAAGAGGUGCAGACUUGUGCUCUUGAACUCUUUGCUGUUGUUGAUACAGUUUCAAAAUAUAAAGAGUUUGUUACAUCAAAAAUUGCCACGAUGAAGAAUGCUCUUGCAGAAACUGUGGGGGCUGUAGCAGAUAUGCACAAAGCCGGUUUGCCUGGGUCUGUUGCAAGCCGCUGAUAUUAAACCUCUUGUAACAAUUACAAUUAUCUCUUAAUUAUCUUAUGUGUCAUAGUUACUAAUAUUUUGUCAAAUAUAAAUAUUUAGGUGUAAAGUGUAAACACACGGUGCAGGUAAGUAUUUACCAUCUUUACUAGCACUCUUGGUCUAUGGUUUUGCAAUGGUCUACUCGCUUCCCUGAUACAUUUGACCAAUAUCAAGAUUGUCUGUGAUCCUCUUUUUGGGAUUGGGAAUUUUAUCGAACAUUGUUGGA